CCGACCACCGGCCGCUCUUCGCCCUCCUCUUCCGCUCAUUUCUCCAGCUCGGCGACGACGCGGCGGCCGCCGCAGUGCAACAACUUCUUCCGUUUGUUCAUUACUUUCCAGUGACUAUCAGUAGCGGGCUUUCUGCUUCUUCUAUUUGUCAAUUGGAGCUUAGGAGGGGGAGAUGACGAUGGCAAUGUCAAUUGCGCAGUUCACUUUCUUCUCCAGAGCAACGUCCUCCUCCUUCCUCAAUCGAACCAAUGCCCGCUUCAAUCGAUUCACCUUCUCCACGCCUUUCUCCACUGCUGAUGCUACUUGCACCCGCAAGAAGAAUGGGAGGCUUCCUGUCCUGUCAGCGCUGGAACUUGGUGGAGUGAAGAUUGCUAGAGAUGAUGUGGUGAGAGAUGAUCCAACAAACAAUGUGCCCGAUUCGAUUUUCUCGAAGCUCGGGAUGCAACUCCAUAAGAGGAACCAGCAUCCGAUCGGCAUACUGAAGAACGCGAUAUACGAAUACUUCGACGCCAAUUACUCCAACAAGUUUGAUAAGUUUGAUGAUCUCUGCCCUCUGGUUUCUGUUAAACAGAAUUUUGAUGAUGUCCUCGUUCCUGCUGAUCAUAUAUCGAGGAGCUAUAAUGAUACUUACUAUGUUGAUUCUCAAACUGUUUUGAGGUGCCACACCAGUGCUCAUCAGGCAGAGUUGUUGAGGGAUGGACAUACGCAUUUCCUUGUAACUGGAGAUGUUUACCGUAGAGAUUCAAUUGAUUCAACUCAUUAUCCUGUGUUUCACCAGGUUUUUGUGGCCUCCCAUUAUCUGCAACCUCCAAACUUUUUUUUUUUGGGGUUCUUUUUGAGGUUUUGGAGCAUUCAUUCAUAUACUCUUCUGUUAGAAAUGCAGAUGGAAGGGUUUCGUGUGUUCUCACCCGAAGAGUGGGAGGCCUCGGGAUUGGACGGCACAUCUUAUGCUGCUGGCGAUUUGAAGAAAUGCCUUGAGGGGCUAGCUAGACACUUAUUUGGUGCAGUGGAAAUGCGUUGGAUCGAUGCAUAUUUCCCAUUCACGAAUCCAUCUUUUGAACUUGAGAUUUAUUUUCAGGAGAAGUGGAUGGAAGUAUUAGGCUGUGGGGUUACUGAGCAAGAGAUUUUAAGGAACAAUGGCCAACUCGAUAGUGUUGCUUGGGCUUUUGGACUUGGAUUAGAAAGACUUGCUAUGGUUUUGUUUGACAUACCUGAUAUUCGGCUUUUCUGGUCAAAUGAUGAGCGCUUUACAUCUCAGUUCACCAAGGGCAAAAUGGGGAUAAAAUUCAAGCCAUUUUCAAAGUUUCCUCCAUGUUUCAAAGAUAUGAGUUUUUGGAUCAAUGAAUCAUUCACAGAAAACAAUUUGUGUGAAGUUGUCCGAGGAGUGGCUGGGGAUCUUGCGGAAGAGGUGCAAUUGAUAGAUAAUUUUACAAACAAGAAGGGAAUGACAAGUCAUUGCUAUAGGAUUGCUUACCGGUCCAUGGAAUGCUCACUUACAGAUGAAGAAAUCAAUGAAUUGCAGAGGAAAGUGAGAGAACAAGUUGAAACAAAGCUGAAUGUUGAACUCCGAUGAUAGAUCGCUAUUUGCAUCAAGAUUAUGCUUCAGAGGGAGUAAGAGCUGCAAGCGAAACCAUUGUUUACGAAAUCUAUGCAUCGCCAGCACAAUUUGAGACACGAACCGAUAGAGAUGUUAACUCCUUGGCAGCAACACAAAAGGAAAAACAUAUAUUGGCUGCCAACUACAAGAUCCACUAUGUAGCUUCAUAAAAGUGUUGCUUUUGAUUUUGAAUCCGUUGAAGGAGGGCUGUGGAGGUUUUGCUUUUGAUUUCUGUAUCGUAGCAGAGCAUCAUAAGUCGCUUUUGUUUCCUCGGUGCUCUAUAGCAAUUCAAGUUCUAUGUUAUGCAUCUUACCAUAGCUUGCUCCUUUUGGUAAUAAGAUGGUAUGCACCAUCAAGAACUGGAAAGAAAGCAACACUGAAGAUAAUAAAUGAAAUCUCUUGUAGAUAUGCAAACAAAAGAAA